AUCGAAUGUGAUCAAAUGAGUUGGAUAUACAGAUUAUAACCUGUGGUAACCGCAGAUCUAUCAACCCAAAGAGCUAAAAAAAAAACAAUGUAUUUUGUCAUAGGAGUACGCGUAAUAUCUAUAUUUAGAGACACAAUGAAUCGGACCAUAUUUUGCCAGUCUAUGCUUCAUGUGUACAAGAAGAGUCAGUUUUACUUUUUUAUUUUACAGGAUACAUGCACAUCAUUUUCAAGUGUAGAUGGGUAGAUUAAUAGGUGUCAUUUUGAAAAUUUACACGUGGGAAGGAUAGGGAUAACUAAGAUCCAAGACAUAAAGUGCCGCAGUUACAGAAACGCUUUUGAAAUAUCGAGAAAAUCCAAGAGCAUAAUUGAAUAAAGAACUAUGGAUAAUGGAAAAAACGUUGUUAAGGCAUGUUCGGUGCUUAAAGCUUCACAUUGUUUGAGCCCAGAAGACACAAAUCACGAUUUUGGACAAAAUUCAACAGUUUUUGCCAUGUAUGAGAAGGAUACAGAAGCUACCAUGCCAUUGUCCAGCUUAGACCUUUUGACCAUUGUGUUACCGCCGACUCCAGAAGAUUCACUUAUUGUAGGGUUAGGGCAUGAUGAAGAAUUCUUGUUCGAAGACAUCAUUGCAGAAUCAAGUACACCUGGUAGUAUACCAAGCAUCUUGAAUUGUCGAGCAGAUUUAGAUUUGUAUUUUCCUGUUGACAUCGACACAAUGCUUUUAUCACAUCCUAGUUCGCAGACUAAGCAAGCUGACGAGCAAACUGUUGUACAGGUCAGAACGAUUGAUUCGCAGACCCAGACCUUCUUGCCCGAAGAGGUCACCAAAGCACAACAGACAGUAAGUUUUCCUGAAACAAACGUUCAUAAUGAAAGUGAAAUUUAUUAUCAAAAUGAAUGUACAGACAGUGCAGCAGGAGAUAUUAGUCUGGAGCAAAGGGCUUUUGAUGUAACUAUGUCAACAAAGCCUUCACAUGUACUACGGAAUGACCUGAGCAGUAAAUCACAUGUAAAGAGUAAAGUUAGCAAUUCGUUAAAAUUCCCACCUUGUGUAAUCUGCAACGGCAAAGCGUCAGGUUCACACUACGGUGCGAUAACAUGUGAAGCAUGUAAAGGGUUCUUCAGGCGUUACCUUCAAAAGAAAAAAGAAUUCAAAUGUACUAAGGGAGGAAAAUGUGAAAUUUCUAGUGGUAAAAAGGGGAACUGUUCAGGAUGUAGGUUAAAGAAAUGCCUUGCUCUUGGAAUGUCAAAGGGGAUGUCUAAGUUAGGAAGGUACACUCUUGCAAAAAGGACAGAAGCAAUUAUCAACAUGAAACGACUAGAAGGAAAUGAAGCACAUGAUUCAGUUACAGACGAAAGUGGUGUGGUUGUUGAAACUGGAAGCGAUGCAAACAGCUGUAAUUCAGAAACACAUGUGAUAAUGCGACAUCUUUUACAGAAUACAAAAACAUCAAAAAUUUCUGGUGGCUUCAAUGAUAUGCUCGUUGCUGAACUUGUUCAAGCAAUGGAAGAUUUAGAACCCUACGGCCCAAAUGUAAAGACAAAGGAACAAAUCAAUGAACAGCACAAACAUCAAGCUGAAAGGUAUAGGCUAAAAACUGAACUCUUUGGUAAAAUGAACAGGAUACCUAAGGAUGAAUAUAAUAAAUUGUAUAAGGAAUUUGGUAUUGAUAUAGAUGGUAGGAUGGCUGAUAUGAAAAUAGAAUAUGAAGAUAUUGAAGAUGAUACGGCACGUUAUUGUAACUUUGCAAAGCACAUUCCAGAAUUUCACAAUCUCCCUUUGCUUGACCAGUCAAAUUUAUUGAAAGCUUUGAUGGCGGAUUUUUUCACUGUUGUCAUGGUUGAUGCUUACAAUGACGAACUUCGGACAAUUAUAAGUAAAAAUGGACAUGGCUAUCAUUUUGACGAGAUGGCAGAUAGAGAAUAUUCUGCAAAACUGCUGACACUCUUCAGGGGUGUGUGUUGUCGCCUGCAAAAGCUGGAUCUUAGCAAAGCAGAAACUGCAUUGCUAGGUGCUUUAACUUUAGUCUCGACUGAUCGAUGCAAACUGCAAAAUCGGGCUCUUGUAGAAAAGAUACAGUUGGCUAUUACAGAAUUGCUUCAACAGGAGAUAAAGAAAAAGCACAAGCAAGCAGCUCGGAGCAGAUUCACAAAGAUUAUCGACACUUUAACAUACAUGCGAGAGAUGUCUGACGUUUUUACGAAGGAAAACAAUGUGUUGUGUCAAGAUGAAGUUUUGAUUCAAGAAUUUCCAUUUUUAGUAGACUUUAUUAUUGAAGAAAAUUAACUAAAUACUUAUUCGCAGAUUAAAUGAAAAGAUUCGCGAUCUUAAGGUAGUGAACCCGUAAUGACAAUCAUAAAUUUUCAUGGUAUUAUCUAUUCUCCGUAUGAUUUUCAUGGUAUUAUCUAUUCUCCGUAUGAUUUUUAUGGUAUUAUCUAGUCAUGGUAUUAUCUAUUCUCCGUAUGAUUUUCAUGGUAUUACCUAUUCUCCGUAUGAUUUUUCGCACCGAAAAAAAAAACCCUAAAGAAAACCAGCAGAUUUUUUGCUGUUUUAUUAUAUAAAUGAGUUGAUGUAAUUAUUGAAAACAAGGAAAUAAUGUUCCAGCAGUAUCUGCCAGUGAUUAAUUUCAGUUACCCUAAACGUAAUUCCAUUUCGUUUCAAAUUUAUCAGCAUAAGGCCGAGGCUCUGUUACCUUGGUAUGGCAGUAUCUAGAUAUUUAACAUUUGCUUUGUAAAUGUAUAUGUUUGCUUUUGUUUUUGCUUUUUUGUUACACUAAGAAAUAAAAAGCACGAGAAAACAAA